CUCGCAAGGUAAAUCAUCUCUGAAACUUCGAGUGGGACUUUGUGUCGGCAAACUAGACAUCCCGAAAGGCUAAAUUAUGGGUGGUGGUGAGCAAAUAUCUGGGUCCAUAUAGAAACCCACCUAGCUCCAGUAGUAAGCGCAGGCAAAAAAACAAAACAAAAAAUAAUCAAAGAGGCUACAUAAGGUUCAAACUUUCUUGGCAAUCAAGAAAAGUUUGUUCUACCUGUCCUUUUCUUCUAAGCCUUUUCCUAUUAUUUGAUAUCCCAUGCAACUCCUGGUCAUAGAUUCCGGCUUCUGCCUUGACCCAUCCACAUGCCUCAUCUAUAUAUAAUUCUGAAACUAAUCAAGGUUUCUCACCACACCAAACCCAUUAUAUUUCUCCUCUAAAAUGUCAGAUUCCGGUGAUCAAAGUUUUGUUCAUGUCGCUCUCCUUCCGAGCGCCGGCAUGGGUCACCUCACGCCCUUCCUUCGACUCGCUGCUUUACUCACAGCACACAAUGUUCGGGUCACCUUCAUCACUCCAAUUCCAACCGUCUCACUUGCAGAGUCGCAGAGUUUAUCUCAAUUGUCCACCACCUUCCCUCAGAUCACUCAAAAGCAUCUUCAUCUCCUUCCACUUGAUGAGCCGUUGGCCAAUUCAGAAGACCCCUUUUACUACCAUUUUGAGUUGAUUCGCCGCUCCUCUCACCUACUCCCUCCUCUUCUAUCUUCACUCUCUCCACCUCUCUCAGCUAUGAUCACAGAUAUGAGCUUCUCCUCCACUGUUAUUCCCAUAACCGAUUCUCUUGGACUUCCUAACUACAUUUUCUUCACAUCAUCUGCCAAAAUGUUGACACUUUAUGUGUCCUUCCACACCAUGCUCGGCCCACACCAAGAAAUCAAAGAUGGUCUCGAAGUUUCAGGUUUAGAGCCAAUACCAAAAGCAUGGAUUCCUCCACCACUUCUCAAGGACAGUAAUAAUCUCCUGAAGAGCUUUUUCACAGAGAAUGGUAAGAAAAUGACAGAGUCAACUGGUAUUCUGAUCAACACAUUCGAGAGUAUAGAGCAUGAGACAGUGGCUGCACUAAAUGAGGGCAGGGUAUUAAAAGGGCUACCAUCGGCAAUUGCCAUUGGACCACUUCCACCAUGUAACUCUGAGACAGACCAUCAACUAGCAUGGCUAGAUGAUCAACCAACUGGCUCAGUGUUCUAUGUCAGCUUUGGGAGUAGGACUGCAAUGUCAAGGGAGCAAAUCAGAGAGUUGGGUGAGGGCUUGGUGAGGAGUGGGUGCAGGUUUCUGUGGGUCGUGAAGGAUAAAAAAGUUGACAUGGAAGACGAUGAGAAACUGACUGAGGUGCUUGGACAGGGUUUACUGGAAAGAGUGAAGGAAAAGGGAUUGGCAGUGAAGAAGUGGCUGAACCAAGAGGAGGUAUUGAGGCAUCCUGCAAUCGCUGGCUUUUUAAGUCAUUGUGGCUGGAAUUCAUUGAGUGAGGCUCUGUGGAACGGUGUGCCUGUAUUAGCAUGGCCGCAACAUGGGGACCAGAAAAUCAAUGCCGACUUGGUGGAGAGAAUUGGGCUGGGAGUGUGGGUUAAGAGUUGGGGUUGGGGUUGGGGUUGGGGUGAGGAGGAGAUGGUGGUGAAAGCAGAGGAUAUUGCAGCGAGGGUUAAGGAGAUGAUGGGAAAUGACUCAUUGAGAUUGCAAGCACUACACAUUAAAGAAGAGGCUAGACUGGCAGUAGGAGAUACUGGUAGUUCUACAAAGAGACUCACUGCUCUCAUUGAGACAUGGAAAGAGUUUCGAGUUAGUUAAACC